AUGUUGAUGCGCAGCUCUGUAAGGUCGGCGCAGAGCCUUCUGCGAACCGCCCAAACCUCCUCCUCUGCCGCUCGUUCCUUCGCAACUGUCCAGAGCGACAUCUUCAAGCCGACCAAGUAUGGAGGGAAAUACACAGUAACUUUGAUUCCUGGUGACGGUAUCGGAGCCGAGGUCGCAGAAUCUGUCAAGACAGUCUUCAAGGCAGACAAUGUCCCCGUCGAGUGGGAGCAAGUGGAUGUCUCGGGUGUGGAAUCGGGCGACAAGCACUCAGAAGAUCUUUUCCGGGAAGCCGUAGCAUCUCUGAAGAGGAACAAGCUGGGAUUGAAGGGUAUUCUACAUACACCUGUCGAGCGAUCCGGUCACCAAUCUUUCAACGUUGCUCUGCGACAAGAACUCGACAUCUACGCCUCGAUCGUCCUAAUCAAGAACAUUCCUGGCUACAAGACCCGUCACGACAACGUCGACCUGUGCAUUAUCCGUGAAAACACCGAGGGAGAAUACUCAGGCCUCGAGCAUCAAUCCGUGCCCGGUGUCGUCGAAUCCCUCAAGAUCAUUACUCGGGCAAAGUCGGAACGCAUUGCGAAAUUCGCAUUUGCUUUCGCAUUGGCAAACAACCGCAAGAAGGUUACCUGUAUCCACAAGGCUAACAUCAUGAAGCUUGCGGAUGGUCUUUUCCGCAAUACCUUCAACCAGGUCGCAAAAGAAUACCCCUCCUUGGAGACAAACGAUAUGAUUGUUGAUAACGCCUCCAUGCAAUGUGUAUCUCGACCACAACAAUUCGACGUUAUGGUUAUGCCCAACUUAUACGGAGGUAUCUUGUCGAAUGUUGGAGCUGCUCUUGUCGGUGGUCCAGGUAUUGUACCUGUUGCAACAUGGGUCGUGAUGUGGCUGUUUUUGAGCCUGGAUGUCGUCAUGUUGGGCAAGGAUCAAGCGAACCCAACUGCUAUGCUUCUCUCUGGAUCUAUGCUGCUGAGACAUCUCGGUCUGGAUGAGCAUGCCAACCGCAUCUCCAAGGCUGUUUAUGAUGUGAUUUCAGACGGUCAAGUACGAACUCCCGAUAUGGGAGGCCAGAGCAGCACGCAUCAAUUCACAAGGGCCGUUCUAGACAAGAUGGAGUUGGCUGGUUAG